UCAAAGAUGAGUUACCCAGCAAAGAAAAAGUUAAGAUUGUUCGCUGAGGUAUUUAAUGAAGAAACAGAAGAGUCUUCGGAAAAUGAAGAUUCCGGUUCGUAUAAAGAAGGAAAAUCAGAUUCAACUAAUAGCGAUGAAGAUCUGGCCGAGUACCAACUGAAAACGCCAACCUGUAAUAAGCAACAUACGCCUUUGCCUCUGGAGACUGAUACUGAUUCUAAUGAUGAUACCGAUUCUAAUAAGGAGACUGACAGUUCUGCUGAAUCUGUCGAAUGUGGCGUCAUAGAAGAAGGUUAUAGUGGUGAUGUUGAGUGCAAUGAUCAUGAUAAUAGUGCGCGAACGAGCAAUUCAGACCAUUUGGCAAACACGAGCAAUUGUGACACAAGCGUGAACAAUUUAGACCACAGAACUUAUAGCGGAAAUCCCACUCAUGAAAUUCUACCUUUGAGCGUAGAUCCAGAAUGCAAUGCAUCAGCAAUUGCUGGCUUCAGCGAUAUCGAAGACAACGAAAUCAGCGACCUCGACAUUCACACAGAUAGCGAUUCUUCCCUAUCAAGUGAUGACACUAUGGAACCUUCUUCUGGUGAUAAUGAACAGACAAAUGAUUCAGACGAUGAAAUAAUAACCUCCCAAUACUUAGAACUGUUCCAGGGGUCUCCUUUAUCCGUGGAAGAAUUUAAUGCGGUUCUACUAGCUUUGAAGCAGAGACACAACUUUUCGAAUCUCGCAUUGGACAGCAUUUUGAAAAUGCUUCGACUGUGUCUACCAGAUAGCACCAACCUCCCUACAUCAAGCUACAUCUUUGAAAAGAGGAAUGAAAGAGAGCUCGCGUAUAGUUCCACAAGAUAUGUGACAUGCAUGAAUUGCCAAAGCCCCUUGGUUGAUGACCUGUGCAGGAACGAAAAGUGCUCGUUACAUAGAAUGCCUGCAAAAGGAGAAAAUUCGAGCAUCUUUUAUGUUAUAGACAUUCUUCCAGAGCUAAAAAGAUUAAUAUCAGGUAAACUUAUACCACACUGUAAGGUGGCUAGUUAAUAGCUGCAUGACCAGGCAUA